ACACCGCCGCAAUCCCGUCCGUGUUCUUCCCUAGCUCCCUCGGUUCCUCUCCCUGCUGUUUCUGCUUUCGCUUUCUCUUCUGAUGGAUCUUCACUGGACUCUCGACAAGCAAGCAGACGCCGUUCGACAAGGCCGCAAGAGGAGCCGCAGCCGCCGGUCGCCGCCAGCGCCAGACCCCAGGCCGCUAUGGAAGCGAGCUGGGAACUGGCAGGGGUGGACGGGUGCCUGCGCCAACUUGAGUGUUGCCAGAAAGUCAGGAAGCUGCAACCACACAACUGAACUGACAUGAGCCUUGGUAAAUUCCUUCUUCUUAAAUCCAAACUCUAUUUAGUUCUAAAGAUUUAUCUAUUAAUUAGGACAGGACAUUAGGUCGAUAACUAAGAUGGGGAAUAAUUGCUUGGAAGAAUUCCUUUGAUCCAAAACACACACCCUGUUGUGUUAUUCUUUUCCUCCUUAAAAAUAAAUGCAAGGCAGAGCUCCUGCCCUUUUUCUUUUUAAUAAAAAAAGUGUCUGAAAUGGAGUUGCACAAAUAAGGAACCACAAGACCUUACAGUUAAGGACACCAACGAAUCUCGGAGUUGUUGUAAAGAGAAGGACGCCCUUUGGAGUAUCUUUUUUAGAAAAGGUCUAAAUUGCCUGUGUAUGCAUUUGUACAUAUCCCAUAUUUUGGUAAAUAUGUUAACCAUUGAUAUCUCCUUGGAAAUCUUUUAAAAUGUCUCAUUUCUUCAUGUGACGACGGUAGUUUAGAAGAAUGCUUCUCACAUCUCUCUCUCUCUCUCUAUCUCUGCUCUGUGCCAGGGUACAAGUACAACAAUAACAAGAGAGUCCCAAGGAAGUUGAGGUAGGCUAGGUACGUUUGUAACCCACAUGAGCCACCCACAGAAGGAAAAACAGAGAAAAAAUAAAAGUAAAAAUAAGUAUAUAGAUAUAAGGCAUCAAUUUAGUGGCAUUUUAUUAGGGGAUUGUAGGACACAAUCACACAAGUGAUUUGGAUUUUUUCUCUUUUUUGGAUGUAGAAUACACAUACUUUUUGUUAAUAGGUGAGAGGAUUUGUUUGUGUAUUUCAUGUUGGCACUACAUAUAUAUUUCCAAAAAGAACUGUGUACUUCUGUCAUAUAUUCUCUGUACUUUCCUAUUUCUCGUGCUGCAAUAAUUGGUACUGUUUCCUUGUGGUGGAUCAAUUAUUAAGAUUCUCGUUAUCCUAUGAAUUAAUUAUAUCCCAUGAAGGGCUCUCUCACAUCCAUGACGUGAUGCGACUCCGGUGAGUCACAUCUCAUGGCCUGUUUGCUAGAAGGUAUUAUGCAACAAGUAUCUCCUCCUGUAACCAGAUGUACUUUUGUCUUACUGUAAUAUGAUUUUUAUUGAACAUUGAUAAUUUCAUUUGCAUUGUGUUUCCCUUGUAUCAGAAUCUCCAUUUGCGGGCAGUGAAAGGUGACUUCUAUUCUCAAUUGCCACAUAGCAAUUUGAGUAUGUUUAUUCCUUAUUUGUGCGAAAGAAUUGCUUGGCCAUGUUACACAUGAGGCUUUUCUAAUUUCCUGCAGGAUGGAUCACAACUUAACUUUGCAGCGUUGUUUGCAUGCUGCCAGUUGUCUCUGAACUAUUGCGAUCCCGCAGUCAUCAGAUUGGCAGAUCAUGCUGGAUGCUUCAAGUCCACAGUAACAUUGUUGACUUGAAUAAGUUAUUGACCCCCAGACAUUAAAUAUCUUACAUGUAGUGUGCAUGUAAAGUGUAUGGGCUAUGUCAACCUAAUAAUAAUAAGAUUUUGAAGAUCUGUUGACAUGUCAAAACACUAAUGCUUGAUCUGAACUCUUCUUUCUUGGAGCCUGAACGAAGACCUAUGAGUGCCAUCUGGCUGCUGAAAGAUAUGAUUCUGACUUCUGAAAGAUAUGUUGUGUGAUACAUACUAUAUAUUUCUGUUUUCAAUAGAAGUCAACACAGGAUGCGGCCUUGGAGUUGAAGAAUCCCCAUCUGCCACACUGCAUGCCAUUUGUAUGUCCUUCUCUCAUUUGAAACCUAUAUAUAUUUAGUAUGUUAUAUGUUUACUUUCUGUGGCUGUUGCUUCAGGUACAUGAGACUGUACCAUUUAGAAAUGCAUAUGGUUCGUGAAGUUGAUCGAUUAGCACUGCAGUGAACAGAAUGUUUCAGAACACAUUGUAUUGGAUCUCAACCUAAACUGAACCUUUGGAACCAUGCAUCUGCAUAUUGUUUUUUCCUACCCAGUGAAUUUGAAUUGAAGCUCAAAGAAAAACAUAGUAUAUUAUUCUAGUUCUUUUAUUUAUUGUUGAGAAGCUAGCAACAUUUGAGUUGUAUUUGCCUUCAGUUGACCUUUUGCUUCUGUUGCUCGUUCUUGACUCGAGCAGCGGCUCCUUUUUUGAACAGCUAAUAACACUUGGCCACUUCUAAAGUAUUGGUACGAUAAUACUAUAAUGUUCCAUAAAGGAAAAGGGUGCACACAGCUCCCAAUAUGGAUCAGUGGCAGUGAUUGAUCCCUCUUCUGAGACCAAUCACGUUGCUGCCACAAGCCAUGUCCUGGUAUGGAAGUCCAGGUACAGAGAAACUGACUUGAGGAGUUAUUUUAGAGAAAAAGGCUCCUCAGUUCUCCGGCAUCAGUUGUAGAACAGGGGUGGUGGGAGUGGUAGUUGCUGUGCGCAAAAAAAAAAAAAUAUCCACAAGAUUCCAUCCCGGAUAUGCUGAAUUGCACCUGCUGUUUGGCAAGCUCCCAAAGCUGCGAUCUGCGCAGUAGUAGGCAGCAGGCAGGCAUGUCGACAACGACGGUGACGCCGGAGCCGCCGCACGUCCUGGCCGUGGACGAUAGCAUCGUCGAUCGUGCUGUCAUCUCCAGGCUCCUGCGCAGCUCCAAAUACCGAGUUACGACGGUGGACAGCGGCAAGAGAGCCUUGGAGGUUCUCAGCCUGGAUGACAGCGUGCACAUGAUCAUCACGGAUUACUGCAUGCCGGAGAUGAGCGGGUACGAGCUCCUGAAGCGGGUCAAGGAGUCAGCUGAGCUGCGGGAGAUCCCCGUGGUGCUCAUGUCGUCGGAGAACUCGCCGACGAGGAUCCGGCGGUGCCUGGAGGAGGGUGCCGAGGAGUUCCUCAUCAAGCCGGUGAGGGCCUCCGACGUGUCGCGCCUCUGCAGCCGCCUCGUCAGCACCUGCAGGCGCUAGCAGCUUGCUUCUUCGAUUCACUUCUUCCUUGAGCUGGAUGGAAUAGAAUUAUUGAUGGCUCCUAGCUAGCUCGCCAGCAAGCCUACUAAUAAUAUAUCCCAUCCCAUGCAUGUAUACUGACCGACCAAUGCAACAACCAAACAACCAGCAGAUGCAGAUCAUCAGGAUUCAGGGUUAGUUUAUUUAUAGGAUGGGGUUGUUCGUGGAUGAGAUAGAUAGAGGGCUGAAUUUGACCCUCCCUUGAAAUUAGUAUACUUGACGCAGGAGGAACGCAAUUCUGUACAUUUUGUAAUACUAAUAAUGACAUUAGCAUUUUACCCGAUUGAGGCAGUUUGAGAUUUCUUUUUGGUCAA